CGUCACCGAAGUUAAACGUCCAGACGGACGUCACGUCAGCGGCUGCAUCUCUUCACGAGCAGGUUUUCACAUCAUGGAGACUUUAUACAGUGUUCCGUUCACUUUGCUCGAAUGUCCGAAUGUAAAACUGAAGAAACCGUCAUGGCUGCACAUGCCGUCGGCCAUGACCGUGUAUGCAGUCGUCAUCGUGUCCUACUUUCUCAUCACAGGAGGAAUCAUCUACGACGUUAUUGUAGAACCUCCGAGUGUGGGUUCCAUGACGGACGAGCACGGACACCAGCGACCCGUUGCCUUCCUGGCCUACAGGGUUAACGGGCAGUACAUCAUGGAGGGGCUGGCCUCCAGCUUCCUCUUCACCAUGGGCGGGUUGGGAUUUAUAAUCCUGGACCGAUCCAACGCGCCCAACAUUCCCAAACUCAACCGCUUCCUGCUGCUCUUCAUCGGCUUCGUCAGCGUUCUCCUCAGCUUCUUCAUGGCCAGAGUGUUCAUGCGCAUGAAGCUGCCAGGUUACCUGAUGGGUUAAAGACGAACCAAAGUCGACAGACGGCUGCUGGGCGUGAAUCAUGUCCUCCAACAGGAAGUGACGUUCAGGUCGUGGAUAAAGUUCAGUCUAAAAUCAUGGAGGACGAAAAAAGACCGACCUGCUCAGUCACAUUAGCCUUUUUUUUUAUUUUUACUUCCUUUCCCCCGAAAUCUUUUUUUUUUUUAAAUUGGUUUAUUUUGCUCAAAUCUCUUCUAACAUUUCAUCACUUUUUGUUUUCUUCUUCUUUGCUUUAAUUUGCCAGAAAUGUAGAGCAUGAGAUGUUGAUGGAGGGAAAAGGUGAAGAAGUUCCGGAGUAGAACUUUGCGUUUUAUUUUGAUAGGUGCACAAAAACGUCUUUUUGUAUAAAAACACCUGAAAAGGUCUUGAGCCUGUAACAAUAGUGGAAUUAUUAUUUUUUAAUUUCCAGAAGUCGUUGUUCAGAGCCGUUUAAAACACAUUUUUCUGAUCAUGUGAUUUUCUUC